AUGAAAGCAGUUUCUUCCCUCAAGUUCUCCGAUUGUGGUCAAUGGCUUGCCAGUUCUUCCGCAGACAAAUUGAUCAAGAUUUGGAAUGCUUAUGAUGGGAAAUUUGAAAAGUCCGGCAUAUCUGAUGUCGCAUGGUCUUCUGAUUCUAGGUUUUUAUGCAGUGCUUCAGAUGAUAAGAGUCUGAAAAUUUGGGAUUUUGCUUCUGGUCACUGCCUUAAGACGCUGAAAGGUCAUAGCAAUUAUGUGUUCUGUUGUAAUUUCAACCCACAAUCAAACUUGAUUGUUUCCGGUUCGUUUGACGAGAGUGUCAAAUUAUGGGAUGUGAAGACGGGACGAUGUAUUCGUACCUUACCCGCACACUCUGACCCAGUUACAGCCGUUCACUUCAACAAAGAUGGCACGCUAAUUGUUUCAUGCAGUUACGACGGUCUAUGUCGCAUAUGGGACACCGCUUCGGGUCAGUGCCUGAAGACCCUUAUAGACCAGGACAAUCCACCGGUGUCAUUUGUUCGGUUUUCUCCUAACGGAAAGUAUAUCCUUGCGGCGAAUUUAGACAGUACUCUCAAACUGUGGGACUAUAUUAAAGGACGAUGUCUCAAAAUGUACAAGGGACAUGUCAACGAGAAGUACUGCAUCUUUGCCAACUUCUCCGUAACGGGAGGCAAGUGGGUUGUAUGUGGCUCAGAAGAUAAAAAGGUGUACAUUUGGGACUUGCAAACCAAAGAGGUCGUUCAGACAUUGGAGGGACACACAGAUGUGGUGCUCUGUACUGCUACUCAUCCAACUCAGAAUAUCAUUGCUUCCGGCGCCCUCGAAUAUGACAAGUCUAUUCGCCUUUGGACUAGUGAGACGUAG